UAUACAAUUGUGUUUUAUAAAUAGAAUAGUAGUGCCUAGACUGAUUAAUUGGGCAGUCAGUAAAAAUUAUACAAGCGGGGAAUAACGUAAAUCGUCUUGAUUGGUUUUUUUUUUUUUUUUUGUUAUUGAUCUUGAUACGAAUUUCCAUAAGUUAUACAAUAAAAAAAAAAGAUAAGGAUUAUGACUCAAGGCCACCCAAGGUGAUUUGAAUUGUGCCACGCGAACGGCAGUACGAUCGCCACCGACAACCAGAAAUGCAUUACACAUUUCCGGUUUAUUACGGUCAAUUCGUGGAUCUACUUUUUGGGUGGAAAAAAAGUAUAUUUUCAAAAGUAAUUGGUUAAAAACAAAAAAAUCCAAAGAAAAAAAAUCACACCAAACUGUGCGGGAAAUUCGGAGAAUUCCUGUACUUUGAAAAAUUUCACAUUACGGAAAUGCGGUAGGCCUGCGAGGAGUAAUACAUCUAGCUGUUAUAACCUUGUUACAUUGGGGACAUCUUACCAUCUGUUUCCACCAAAAAAGUUGUCAACUCUGUGUCUAUUUUGAGAUACGAAUUAUUCGAAGAACCUGAUACAUAGGUCACUGAAUUGUGAAUUUCAGUACGACUUUGAUACUUCUGUAAAUCGUACAGCCUGCCAAACUGAUCCAGCAUUACUUCUUAUUACCAUACAUUAUACACGCUGCACUGUAUCUCUAACAAUUUCAUUGCAAGGUUCUCUGGCGCAAAUAUUAAACGUCGUAACUUUAAUUCAAAGAAUUCAUCUUGUUAUAUUUAACGUCUACGUCUUGUCAUCGUCUCUUGUAAAGAACCGUUAAAAGUCACGUAAAAUGAAGACUUGAUAUCUGGCUCAUUCGAUAGUUACAGAUUCAUAAAGCAACUGAACCCAUAUGUAAAUGAAAGAUUACAAAAUUGUAACUGAUCUGAGACAAGAAAGUAUAUUCCAAUAGAGAUAAUUAUAAAAUUGUCUAACUGGAGCAAAAAAUGUCAAAAUCAGAAGAUCACAACGACACAGACAACGCUUGCGUUGUAUGUUUCAAGAAUGUUGAGAUUUACAGUAUCGGAAUGUGCGAACAUCCAGUUUGUCACGAUUGCAGUACUCGGAUGAGAGUUUUAUGUUGCCAGAACGAAUGUCCUAUAUGCCGCCAAGACUUGCCAAAGGUUGUGUUUACCAGAGAAGUCAAGCCGUUUCGUCACUUGCGAAAAGGAAACCUUUUCGACAAAAGAUACAACAUUUAUUUUGACGAUGAAGGUAUACAAGAGAGGUUCAUCAAGCUGCUCGCGCAUUCUUGUGACAUUUGCAAAGAGAGACAAGUAUUCAGCAACUUUAACAGCCUGAAGGAUCACAUGAGGAGACUUCAUGAAUUACAUUAUUGCGAUCUGUGUGUUGAUAAUUUGAAGAUUUUCUCUCAUGAGAGACGGUGCUAUACAAGGUCAGACCUUGCCCAACAUAGAAGGAAAGGAGAUGUGGAUGAUAGAAGUCACAAGGGACAUCCUCUGUGCGAGUUUUGCGAUCAGCGCUACAUGGACAACGACGAGUUGUUCCGUCACUUACGAAGAGAUCACUUGUAUUGUCAUUUCUGUGACGCGGAUGGAUUGCACCAAUAUUACAGUACUUACGAUUAUCUCAGAGAUCACUUCAGGCUCGAGCAUUUUCUGUGUGAGGAAGGUCCUUGCGCGGAAGAAAAAUUCACCUGCGUAUUUAGAUCCGACAUUGAUUUGAAAGCACACAAGGCUAGCGUUCACGGUAAACAAUUGGGAAAAGCAGCUGCUAAACAGGCUCGGACUUUGGAGCUGGAAUUCACUUUAGCACCACGAGGUGAUAGCAGAAACAAUCGAAGGAUGCCGGGGAUUUCAUCAGUGACUAGAAAUUCCAGGGAUCACAACAGUAACAGAGAUUACAAUAAUCGGGAAUAUAACAACAGAGAUUUUGAGCAGGAAGCUGGGGCAGUUGGUGGAGUUGAUUAUUUUCUGACCACAAAUGAGCCAACCUAUUUAAGGCAACCUUCUGUUGACUUUCAAAGCACUCAAGAGUUUCCUACGUUGGGCAACGCAACUCCGGUGGUUCCAAACCUAGGUCAGACAAAGAGUAGAGGAAACCUGACGAUACGAAGCACAAUGAGACCCACGACUUUGGAUGUGACAGACGAAAACUUUCCUGCACUGGGUCCGGAGUCUUCUAGUGCUAGUGGAACUAUUUCGAAAACUGUUAAUUUGAGUGUCUCUAGCUCAAACAAGCUUGGUCCAAGUACACCACAACGCCAACAGAGCGCUACUUCAAACGUAUCUAUUCAUGUUAAUCAUAAACCGAAUGGUACUGUAACUACGAGAGUCUCGGGACCUAAUAUUAGGAUUCGGCCCGCUCAACUGUCUCGAGAUUCCGACUUUCCAGCAUUGGGAAAUCCUGAACCUAGUACAAACCUAAACACGGCACAAUGGACAAAAGUUACCUGUACAAAGACACCGCAUAACGUUGUUCCCAAGUCUAAAAAAGUUGCACCACCACCGCUGGCACCUUCGCCACCUAUAGCAUCUGGCAAAGAUUUUCCGAGUCUCUCCAAAUCAUCGAAAUCCAAUAAGCAAUCAACUAUUUCUGUUGUACCGUCCACACCUUCGUGGGUUCAACCACAGACAUCCGAAACGAACAGUGCGAAGGCUACGAGUGAUUUUACUAAAGGAAAGACCAAAAAGAAAAAAGCUAAGCAGAUCACAAAUAGUAGUAAUUCUAGCGGCAACGAAUCCAGCAGUUCAAAAUCGAAUUCAAAUGCCUCAAAUUUAAACAAAGAUAAAGAAUCAUUUAAGAAUGCCGAGGAUGUUGUCACAAAAGAAAACAGCGCAUCGAAGAAUUCGACUGAUGAACCUAAGAAAGUUGAAGAUGUUAAACGCGGUGGUGGAACUUCGAAAAGUAAAGCAGCAUCGGCAAUGGUGUCUGAGGAAUUGAAGCAGAAUGAAGAAGUGCCUCGGAAGGAUAAUGAGCAAUCUAAAAAAGAGAAAAAGAAAUCGAAAAAUGUUUCGCAAAUCAACGUUAGUUCCAUGGACAACACAUUCAACUCAGCAAGUUCAGUAAAUGGGAAUAGUAGUACAGUUAAUGCUCAGCCAAAUACAGUCCAGAGAAAACGUUCGGAGUUAAAAAUUGAUAGCCUGAAAUCAACAAACAAUAAUACCAAUUUUGAGGAUUUUCCAGCCUUAGGAUCUCUUCCAACCAGACCCCCAGGAUUUACAGAACCUCCUCCAGGUUUUGGAUCAGCUCCACCACCUCCGCCAGGAUUCUUUGUCACACUGAAUAGUGUUCAACGUCCGCAAAGUAAUGGCUUGACCUUCACAAAUAGUUCGGGUCAAAGUUACUCCAUUUUACCAAACAACGACAAGCAGCAAGAUAAACACUACGAAUAUGUACCGCCUCCAGAUUUUUCCAAGAGAAAUAAAAAUCUAGUUGCCAAGGUCAGCGAAGAACUUGGUGUUUCAGAAGCGAUAGAAGAGUUUCGAUAUCUUAGCGGACUUUUCAGACAGGGUACUUGCAAUGCUCAGGAUUAUUACAGUCGUUGUCGCGACUCGAUGGGUAUGUCAGCAUUUGGAACAAUAUUUCCAGAACUUCUCGUUCUUUUGCCAGACAUUAGCAAACAACAAGAAUUAUUCAAGAUUCAUAAAAAAGAAUCUGGUUCAAAACUCAAAGGGUUAGAUGCGUGUGCAACAUGUGCCCAAGUUGUAAAAAGCGGCUCUGACUUGAGAGCUCACUUAUCCAGCCACGCCCUGGAAAAUCAUUUCCCUGUUCUUGGAAAAGUAGCACCUAUCCAACAAAGUAACAGUUGGGUGAGAAAAUGAGUACAUAAUUCUCACAUGUGCAAACAUCGUAACAAACCUGUAGAUUAUUGUAAGAUUGUUAAAAAAACGAAUACCCAUCCCCGCAGUUUAUUUGAUCUUAACGUGCACUCGAGUUUUGGAUAUCGCUAAUUGUAGUCUAUCGAAAUUUUAACAUCAUAGAUAAGAUGCACUACUCAAAUUUUAUAAAAUAUUUAUACCAUAAAGAUGAAAAUGGUUAAUGAAAUAUCGACAAACUUCACAUUUUCUCACUUAUUCUGGAAAUACAGGGAGCCUACAUUUAAUUGGAAGUUCAUUGACCAUUGCGCCGAUUUUAGCAAUAACUAUCAGAAUUUUUUUACUAAGAUAUUAAAGAAGAGCUCAAUCGACAACUAUAGAUGAAAAAAAAAAAGAAAAAAGGAAAUAGAAAUACAAAUAUAUGUGGACACUGCCAGUGAACACAAUAUAUUAUAUCAGUACAUUGUUAGCUAUGUCCAUCAUCUAUGAAAUUAAGCAUUUUUUUUUUUUUUUCAUUCUAACUCGGUCAAGUUUUCGUUUUACUGUUGAAUAAUAACCAAAGUUCUGAGCAAAGAACGGAAUACAAUUUCUUUAUAUAUUCAUUUUUUUUUAACAAAUGUUCGUGUCAUCACGUAUGAUUCGUAAGCUGUUGCUAUGUAUAUAUUAAAUACUUAUGAACGAUGAGUUUUCCUAUGUAAUUAUGUAAUAAUAUAUAUAAAUAUAUAUAUCUAUGUGUGUAUAUAUAUAUAUAUAUAUAUGUGUGUGUAUAUAUAUACAUAUAUAUAUAUAGAUAGAUAUAUAUAGAUACAUAAGGUAAUUAUUAAUAACAUAGAAAAAUAGGAUAACACCAAUAUUAAGAAUAUUUGAUACUUGAUUGCCUAGUAGCCCUGUAUCGAAAUGUGUACCGUAAAAAGUUUUGUACAAUAACGAAGUUAUAAAAUAAACGAGAAUAAAUCUUAAGACUUGAAAUGAUUUUCAUAAAGUAAAGCGAUAUGAUAUUUCGUUAUGAAAAUUCAUCAUGAGAAUUGGGAUAUUAUUUUUUGAUUUAUUUAUUAUUCGCUUAUCAACUAAUUUCUUACAAUACAAACCACUAUUUUCAAUGAUGAAUAGAUCUUAGCAAGAUAUCUCACAAUUUAAGUUCUUAGCUUAUAACUAUGAACAUGACUAAUCUUAUAAUUUUUUCGUUCUCUUCUUUUCUUCUUGUCAGCUUGACGUUACAAACAGUCUGUAUUGUUGAAGGAGACACUGGUUGUGGCUUAUUUAAUUGCAGAGCCAUAGGGAAAAUUAAUCAAAUUUAUGCGCAAAUAUUACUUAAAACUAUUUAUUAGUAAAGCAUGACUAAAACUUGAGUUGAGUUAAAAUUUUUAAUUUUCUAAGACUCUCGUUACUUCACAUUUUCCAUAAAUAUCAAUUUCACAAAAUAAUACA